AUGGCAACUGUUGCAGCAGCGGCUGACGUUGACGAGGAGCUUUCUCCUCGUCAGAAGUCAUCUAAUAUGGAACAAGCGAUUGAUUCUUUGGGAUCUAUGAACAAUGGAAUCGACUCGCUGGACUUGCGCGCCGACCCCGAUGCGCAGGCGACCGUGACCGACUUCCUCGAUUUCACCGAGUACCUGCCCUCCGACAUGAUGCGCUCUCUGACCUUGGUCGGCAAGCUCGAUCAGACUUAUGUCCACGCAUCUACGAAGGUACACAACCUCACGACCGCGUGGGGCCAACUACCAAACAUGCAGCCGGACGAGCGACCCGCGCCUGCUCAGCUGAGGGCUGAGAUCUCGGAGAACCUGAACUUUGCGGUCAGUUCUCGCGUCUAUUCUCACGCUGAAGCAGUGCGGAUGGCGGAGAAUGUCGGCCGGCAUUAUAAGCGCCUCAAAACGAUUCACGCAAAGCUGCAGACUAUGCUGGAGAACUAUCCCACCGCGGAGGAACAGAAGAGCCCAAUGGCGAAUACAAAGUCUUCUCAGCUCUCCCGAGGCACCAAGAUCACCCUCCGCCUUCCUGGCGGGGGCGGUGGCGGGGGCAGCGGUGGAGGUGAAAAGGCACGUCGGCCUAGAGUACCACGAAUUACGGUUCCUGGUGAAGUCUUGGCGCCUUAUGAGGUCGGAUAUGAGACGUACAGCGACGACAGUGAGAGCAGCGAAGAGGAGGAGGAAGAUGACGAUGACUUGUCUAGGCGGACGCCUGCACCUCGUGUUGGACAACAGCAGCGCAUCAAAUUAGUCAAAAAUCCAAAGACGCCGAAGCAGAAGCUCCCGAAGGGCCCGGGUUUCCCGACGCCCCUAUCCACGAGCGCAGCGCUUUCGGCGCUGAAACCUCCUCCCGAAAAUGCACUUCCUGGUAGUGAAGAUGCGCCUUGGAUGCAGCUGACGCUGUGGGAGCUUGCAAAGCUAAGGAAGCGAAUGAAGAAGAACUCCGCGUGGACGCCCAGUGAAACCAUGAUAGCUAGGGAGCUAAAGAACCUUGGGCGAGGGUGGGAUGCAUACAAUGCGGCAAAGAAGAAGGCUGAGGAGGAGGGUCGACCUUUUGAACACAAUCUCCCCGCUGGAGAUGGUGCCUCUGGCACAGAGCAUCCUCCUGAGGGCGCAGUCAGUGUUGAUGCGGCAAUCGCAGCAGAGGAUGCCCAGUUACUCAAUCGUGGUAUGGAGCUGAAUAGGGCCAAGAAGCUCAAGAGGGAGCAGCUUGCCAAGCUUGCUGCAGAGGAAGCCGAGGAGUCAGCUAGGAAAAUGGCAGACUUGGCUAAGAAUCUAUUCUUCAAGCAACAGGGAUCGGCUACGACGCCUUCUCAACCGCAAGUUGCUACCAGGGCCAGCGCGAGCAGCAAGUCGAAGCAAAAGAAGCGAAAGCGAGACUCAGUUGCUGAGACCGAGGCUGAAAAGCCUGAACUGGCCGAAGGCUCUGCACAGCGACCUCAGCUCAAACGCAUGAAGACUGAAACUCCUGUACCAAUACCCCAGUAUACGCCCGGACCAUCUUCACAUCACCUCCACGAAACACCGGUUCCACAUCCACAACUUACUCCAGGGAGCACUACGGCUGUUCCACACUCUACAACACCUGUCCCUGUCCCCAUUCCGGGGGGCCACGAUCAGUCGAUUGUCGCUGUAUCCAAACCUUCAUCGUCUCCAACCAAUGCAAGCGCUUCUUCGGCCAACACGGUCACAACUACCGUUCCUAUUAAACCGCCCGCUGACGGCGGUCUUCCGGCGCCGCCCCUGUCCCCAAAGAAGUCUACUACUCCUAUUCUUCCCCCGGUCAGAGAGACGAGACAGAGGGAUGCCAAGAAAGAGCAGCCUAAGGAGAACAGUAACGGUCAGCUUACUGUCAAGCAGUCCACUUCUCGUGCCGCCACACCGGCCGCCACAACACCAGCACCAGAGUCACGCCGGCCGGCCUCGCGCGGCAAGGCUAUGAGCCAAGAACCGCAGCCUUCCCUCGCGGUGGACCGUCCCCGUCGCGCUAGUACCGCACGGAACACGCCCGCCCCGGAGCCGCGACAGCCCAGCAAGCGGACUAAGAGACCCGCGCCCGGCGUCAUUAGUAGGACCAACUCGGGGGGCAACAGUGCCGUGGGCCGACGCAAGGCGGCGCCUAAGAAGAAGCGCGGGGCGACCAAGCGCGACAAGGGUCAGGGCCAGGCGGUGGAGGUUGAGGUCGAGGUGGAAGUCGACGACGAUGGUAAUGUCAUCGAUGCCGAUGAGCCACGUUAUUGCAUCUGCAACAGGGUCAGCUUUGGCACCAUGAUUCAGUGUGACAAUGUCGAUAAUUGCAAGCAGGAAUGGUUCCAUCUGGAAUCCUACGGGCAGUUCGCAAUCAUGCACAGGUAUCUCCCCGCCUUCCCCACCAACGUGGAGGUGGACGACAGCAUCAAGGCGUUCAUCUUCAACUUCUACAACAUCUCGGACACGCGCGGGGCGAUUGACUCGUGGACCGCGUGCUUUACGGAGGAUGCUACGGUGACCAUCGGGACUGAGUCUGCCAAGGGCACGGACGAGAUCUAUAAGCUGCGCGAGGGCAUGUGGGAGAAGGUCCACGAUAGGAAGCACACCAUCAAGCAGGCCUUCGUGGGCUCCUUUGAAGGGAAGGAAGGAGAAACGACAGAGUUCAUGCUGUAUGGGACGGUGGACUACGAGCUCAAGACGGGCGAGAAGGCCUCUGCGGACUGGGCUGGCCAUGCGAGGCUGAGGCGGGCAGACAGGGAGUGGAAGUUUGCGCAUUACAGGGUGUACAUCCAGAGGUAA